AUGGCUAAGCAGAAGGCAGUGGCACAAAUAUAUGGAGAUUGGGAAGAGUCUUACGCGGAGUUGCCCCGUUGGAUGCUAGGGAUCCAGGCGACAAUGCCGGGAACAAUCACGGUGCUGAAGACGUCUCCUGUUCAGAUUGGUGGUGGAGUUGAUGAGUCAACGGUGUACUUUCACCGACUUUUCUGGACAUUUCCACCCUGUAUCGAGGCAUUCCAGCAUUGCAAGCCACUCGUCAGUAUUGAUGGUACCCACUUGUAUGGGAAGUAUGGAGGGACGCUGCUGUUGGCGAUAGCUCAGGACGGAAACUCGAACAUCCUGCCGAUAGCAUUUGCCCUUGUGGAAGGGGAAAAUGCAGAGUCGUGGUCAUUCUUCUUGUCCAAUCUCCGAGAGCAUGUGACUCCUCAGGAGGGUAUCCUUGUUAUCUCAAACAGGCAUAAUGGGAUCAAGGCAGCGCUCGAGGCACCUGAGACUGGAUGGCUGCCUCCUCGUGCAUUCCGGGCCUACUGUAUAAGGCAUGUGGCAGCGAAUUUCGCCCUAACGUUCAAAGGUAAGGACUCAAGGCGGUUACUGGUCAAUGCUGCCUACGCCAAGACUGAGGCAGAGUUUUACUACUGGUUCGACAUCAUGCGGACUGAGAAUCCAGCAAUGUGUGACUGGGCCAACCGUAUGGAGUAUGACAAAUGGACCCAACAUGAGGAUGCUGGUCGACGGUUCGGUCACAUGACCACAAACAUCAGUGAAUGUGUGAACUCCGUGCUAAAGGGAACUCGCAACCUGCCGGUCACAUCACAGCAGAGGCACAACUCGGAUCCGGCCAUGAAUUCUGUCAGGCAUUGGUCAAGGCUAUUGGUCAGAACCUAA